UCUGCUGAGGAAGCAAGAAGACUUACUUCAAGACAUACUCCCUUUAUCCCUUCAAGACGUAUUUUCCCUUUGCCUUUUGUUAUUUGAGGAAAAGAAAACAUUCUACAGGUGGAGCUUGUGAACAACACCUUCUCUAAAACCCAGAGCCUCCAUCCUUACCUGACCAUUUCAGCGCCAGCAUCCUGCCGAGAAAAGACGCAAUUAGCCAAAAUGUUAGCUGGAGGCUUAACUGAAACCACACCUGCCACUCCAAAAAUCCAGGAGAUUGCUAACACGGUUAAACCACAGCUUGAAGAAAAAACAAAUGAGACUUAUGAAGAAUUUGAAGCUGUGGAAUAUAAAAGUCAAGUGGUUUCUGGAACGAAUUACUACAUUAAGGGCUUCCCUGGUGGCGCAGUGGUUAAGAAUCCACCUGCCAGUGCAGGGGACACAGGUUCAAGCCCCGGUCCAGGAAGGUCCCGCAUGCCGCGGAGCAGCUAAGCCAGUGCGCCACAACUACUGAGCCCGUGCGCCACAGCUACUGAGCCUGUGUUCUAGAGCCCACGAGCCACAACUACUGAGCCCGAGUGCCACAACUACUGAGCCCACGAACCACAACUACUGAAGCCCGCGUGCCUAGAGCCCGUGUCCACAACAAGAGAAGCCACCACAAUGAGAAGCCCACGCACCGCAACGAAGAGUAGACCCCGCUCGCUGCAACUAGAGAAAGCCCGGGUGCAGAAAUGAAGACCCAAAGCAGCCAAAAGUAAAAUAAAUAAAUAAAAUUAAAUUAAAAAAAAAAA